AUGGAAGAGCUGGCAAAAGAUAGCAUUAGUUUGCUGGUUCCUGAUGUGGACACCGAUAGAUCUGGGCUCUCUUCCUUUGGUGCUGUUUGUAUAAUGCUCAAGACAACAUUGGGAGUAGGCCUCCUCAACUUUCCCUGGGCCUUCAACAAGGCUGGGGGUGUCUACACAUCCAUUGCAGUGGAAAUGGUCUCUCUCAUUUUUCUGAUCAGUGGCCUAGUAAUGCUAGGCUAUGCCUCAUACAUUAGCAAAGAGUCCACAUACCAGGGAGUAGUGAAACAGCUCUGUGGUCCAGCCAUUGGCAGACUGUGUGAAGUCAGCUACAUUUUGAAUAUGUUCCUGGUUUGUGUGGCAUUUCUUCAAGUAGCAGAAGAUGAAGUUGGAAAAUUGUGUGAUUACUUCUACAUGAAUGAAGCAAUGACUGAUGGAAAUGGCAUCCCAAAGCAUUGGUAUACCGAUCACAAGUUUGGAUUAUUUGUCAUUUGUGCAGUCAUCUUAUUGCCACUGUCUGUUCCAAAAGAAAUAGCAUUGCAGAAAUAUACCAGCAUGUUAGGAACUUUAGCUGCUACAUUCCUGGCAGUGGCUAUUAUUAUCAAGUACUAUCUAAUGAAGGAUAAGAUCAUCUUCCCUGAGUUUCACCAUACUUCCAGGAUUUCUUCUUGGGCAUCCAUGUUUAGUGUCGUGCCAACAAUAUGCUUUGGAUUCCAGUGUCAUGAUGCCUCAGUUGCCAUAUACAGCAGCAUGAAGAAUAAGAAGUUGUCCAACUGGAUCCUGGUGUGUGUGCUUUCCAUGGUCUUCUGUUUGCUCAUUUACUCACUCACAGGUGCUUAUGGUUAUUUAACCUUUGGCGCGGAUGUAGCCGCUGACAUUUUGAUGUCAUAUCCAGGAAAUGAUGUCGUAAUCAUCAUUGGAAGAUUACUGUUUGGCAUUUCUAUUAUCACAAUCUAUCCAAUCCUACUCCUGCUAGGAAGGUCUGUUCUAAAUGAUGUAUGGUUGACCUACAAGCGCAAGUAUGCAAUUAUCAGUGAAUGGUAUGAAACCUUUGUGAGGAUUACACUGACAGUGAGCUGGAUUCUAGCAACGAUGCUUAUUGCUAUGUUUGUUCCUGACAUAAGUGACGUCAUCACCCUAAUUGGUGGUAUCAGUGGUUUCUUCAUAUUUAUUUUUCCAGGGCUGUGUCUUGUGUGUGCAAUGCAAACUGAACCUGUAUCGCCCAAAAUAAGGAACUGUUGGAUUGUGUGGGGGUCCAUUACUAUCAUCUGUGGUGCUUUUAUCUUUGGACAGAGUACAACUAUUGCAGUCAUGGAAGUCUUUCUCAGAAAAUAGUAUUACAAUUUGUGGAAUAAAUAUUAAGACAAAGAAUACAUGAUACCUGAUAAAGUACUGCAUCACAUAAAAGGAACAAUUUCUAUCUGUGGAAAAAAAAGAAUUCAGAAUUAUACUACAACACUGACUGCCUCCAAAAGCAAAUGGCAGGAAUCAAAUAUUAAAUUAUUUUACAAUAGAACUUUCUCUUUUUUCUUUUGGCCUCAUUUUACAUCAGUUUCAUUAUUGCACAAGUGAUCAGCGGUAACGUUUUUAUGAUUUUUUUUUUACUUAAAUGUCUAUCAUUGAGUGCCGAUGAGUAGACAAAUAUAUGUUUUGUUUCUGAUUUUUAUAUUAGAAACUUUUAGGGAGAUUGUAUGUUUUUACAAAAUAGCAAAGUGUGUUUCCCAUUUGUGUUACGUGUCAUCCUUUGAAAUAACAAAUGUUUACUUUCAAAAAUAAGGUACAGCUACAAGGCUCCUUAAAAGAAACCUCAAGAAAUGGUGCCAUAUAUGUGAUACGUAUCAGAAAGUACAUUUCUAAAUAUGCAGUGGAAGGUGCAUUUCUGUGGGAGGGUUAUCUUAUUUAUAUAACUAUUCAGAUCACUGCUCUUCAUACUAGAAGGAAUAGACCUGGAUUGUAAUAAAUAACACUGGCACUCUUUAGAGAAUGCGUAGCAUGUCAUAUUAUUGUGUGCUGAUUUUAAUAAGAUGGCACUUAUUCAGAUUAGAGUUUCCUCUGCUUUCUGCUGUUACUGCCAGUAUGCUACUUUUACUUUUGUGUGACUCGUAUGCAGUCCAUAGGCUACAGCCUGUGGUAUUAAGCACUUUGUUUCUUUCCAAAUGUCAGUUUAAAGAUUUUUCAUGUUACAACCGCAAUGCUAAGAAACAGAAACAACCAUCUAUAAAGUAAGCACUGUGGUUGGUCGAAUUUUGCUUAAUACAGUUCUUCAGUAUUUAAUAAUAUGAAAAGUUAUUCAAAUUAUAUAUGUGAUCUCUGCAUGUACGUAUUGAGGGGGGUUACAUUUAAGCAUAGUUUAAUGUCCCUCCUUCAAUUGCCAAUACAUAUUGACAUAAGCCAUUUAGGCUCAUAAGUCUUCAGAGUUUGAGGAAAGUUACUGGAAAUGUCUUUUAGUUUGCCAAAAGGGCAUCUCAUUCUUCUUGAACAAGAGAAAUGUGCAAGAUGAAACACCAUUAACUGAAGCAUUAUCUUAAAAGUAUUUGAAAAUAAAAGUCUUCCUUAAGAAGAUGUACUGCAUUUAUAGAGAAUCACUCCUGACUAAUCAAUUAUGAACAUCUGUUCAAUCUUUGGGAAAUGACUUGCUAGUAAAAUUAAUCUUGAAUGGAACUGGACACUGCCGUCUUUGUAUUUUACCAGCUUAAUUGGGGAUGUUUGAUUUUGAAGUAUCUUCAAUGUACAUCUGCAAAUUAAUUAUUUCCAUUAACAUUGGACUUGCAUAUAAUGCUGACAUUCGAAAAGUAUGAAAUUGAAUAUGUCAUCACCAAAUUUUUGACUAGCAGCAGUUUAAUGGUAUAACCACCUAAUAGCAUAUGUUGAGUUCAGCGAUCUGCAUGUAAUAUAGAGUAAGUCCAUCCAGAUAGAUACCAGUGCAUCAGCACAGAAAAAAAGUUGUAGAUUGAGAAUUCUUUUAAAAUAAUAUAUGUGUAAUACCAUGAAAUUUAUCUCAUGGGUAAUGCAUCCCACAUAUUGUCCCUCAAAUAAAUUUUAUUCUUUGUAAUGAGUGAUAUAUGUAUUAAAGGAGGGAAACUUUUGUUACCAUACUUGUUCAGUAAAACAAAUGCAGAUAAUGUGACUUAAAUGUUUAAUAUGGUAGUAUAAAGGACUCAUUAAUCUUACAUGACUGUUGUAAUUUAUCAGAUUUAUCCAAUUAAAUACUGUUAAAUGUUUUUA